UUUUACUAUAAAACCUUUAAGAGAAAUAAAGUUUUCACAUUGACCUACUUGAGAAUUUUAAGUAAAGAAAAAUGUUUAAAUCUCUGUAUUUAGUUUUGUAUGUUUGUUUGUUGUUUGUGACGGUCGGUUUUUCUCAAAGAAUUAGCGCUGGUGAAUGCCCGGAUGUUACCGUUAAAAAGGAUUUUGACGUUAGCAAGUAUGUAGGUCAAUGGUAUGAAUUUGAAAAAAAUCCUGCCUUUUUUGAGAAUGGAUUAAAAUGCAACUGGGCAAUUUAUAGAAACGAAGGAGAUUACAUUUCUGUCAACAACAGUGGUGUCAACGUAAAUACUGGAGUAAGGACUUCAAUAAAUGGAAAAGCUACAAUACCCGAUAAAAAUGUGCCUGCAAAAUUGAAAGUGCAAUUUGAUACCAGCCCUAAACCUGGCAAUUAUUGGGUACUUGAUACAGAUUACGAAAAAUACUCAGUUGUCUAUGCUUGUUCCAGCAUCGAACACAUGUUCAAAGCAGAAUUUUUAUGGAUACUGUCUCGAACACCAGUGCUGGAUGACAAAACAAAAAGUGUGGCAUAUGAUGUAAUGGAUAGGAAUUCUGUAAGUCGAGAAGGCUUGUUUCCAACAGUGCAAGAUUGUUAUGGCCAUUAAUUUUUAAAGCUAUUUUUAAGUUGUAUAUAUUUUAUUCUUUAUUGAAAGUUAUAAAUAAAAUGUAAAACUAAACCA